UCAGAAGAAAUAUUGGACCACUUACUUUCCGUAGUUAAACAUCAAAUCAGCUCAUGCACAGUUUCACUCAGUGCACCCCCUCCUCCGUUUACAUGGAAGUUCAACCUUUACAGUUAAUUAUUAUUUCAUAAGACCACAAUCAGCGAACAAUAAAGUGCUAUUUUCAUUCAUCGUGCGUUCUUCCAUAGCCACGUUAAACCAAGAAUUGAUUUAAAUACAGAGAAACCAUUUGGACCGACAACGGAGCGAAGAUGAACCAAAGCGGAAAGAAGAGCGGGAAGACUUUCCUCUUUACUUCUGAAUCUGUGGGAGAAGGACACUCUGAUAAAAUGUGUGAUCAAAUCAGUGAUGCUGUGCUCGAUGCUUACCUGAGUCAAGAUCCUGACUCCAAAGUGGCUUGUGAAUGUGUGGCAAAGACAGGAAUGAUCUUACUGGUUGGAGAAGUGACAUCGAAGGCCAUAGUGGAUCUACAGUCUGUGGUCCGAAACACGGUCCAGAAGAUUGGUUAUGAUGACUCUUCCAAAGGUUUUGAUUAUAAGACCUGUAACGUGCUGGUAGCACUGGAGCCGCAGUGUGUGGAGAUAUCAGACUGUGUGUUUGAAGGCAGAGACCAGGAGGACAUCGGUGCAGGGGACCAGGGUCUAAUGUUUGGCUAUGCCACGGAUGAGACUGAGGAGUGCAUGCCCUUAACCAUCCUUCUGGCUCAUAAACUCAACUACAGGAUGAAGGAGCUGUCACGAAACGGAGAGUGUCCUUGGAUACUGCCAGACAGCAAAUCACAGGUCACGGUGGAGUAUAGAGACAACAUGGGUGCCAUGGAGCCACUGCGUGUUCACACUGUGGUCAUCUCAGUUCAGCACAGUCCCAGGAUCACUCUGGAGGAGAUCCGACAUCAUCUGAUGGAGAAAGUGGUAAAGGUUGUCAUUCCUGACAAGUACUUGGAUGCGAAGACCAUUUACCACCUGCUGCCAAGUGGGAAAUUUCUUAUGGGUGGCCCACAGGGUGAUGCAGGACUCACAGGGCGUAAGAUCAUUGUGGAUACUUAUGGAGGAUGGGGUGGACAUGGUGGAGGAGCUUUCUCUGGAAAGGACUACUCCAAAGUAGAUCGAUCUGGGGCUUACGCAGCUCGCUGGGUCGCCAAGUCUUUGGUCAAAGCCGGAUUGUGCAGAAGAGUCCUUGUUCAGAUCUCCUAUGCUAUCGGUGUGAGCCGCCCACUCUCCAUCUCAGUGUUUCACUACGGCACGUCCACUAGGGACGAAGAUGAGCUGCUGCAAAUAGUGCAAAAGAACUUUGACCUGAGGCCUGGGGUGAUUGUGAAAGAGCUGGAUUUGAAGAAGCCGAUUUACCAGGCCAGCGCUUGCUACGGUCACUUUGGCAGAGAGGAGUUCUCGUGGGAAAAGCCAAAGAAGCUGGUGUUUUGAGCAUGAUUGGAUAAAGAAUGUUUUUUAGCACAUAUGAUGUCAUAAUAAUCUGUCAUCAAACAUCAAGAAUCUAUUUUGAGUCAGCAUAACUGAAAUAUCUUUCUCAUGCUGUUGUUAAUUUCUAACUUUUCUAACUGCAAAUUACCUGCAAAUUUCUUUGUAGAAGAGUUAUUUUUAUAUGGAUUUAGUUUGGGCAAAAGUAAGGCAGAUGUACCGUUUUUGCAGAGGAUUUCACAGUAGUUUUAAAUUAACUGCGUUAAAUGUAAAGCCCGACUGAUAUGCCGGUCGGCUGAUCAUAUCGGCUGAUAUGAGCCUUUCAUAAAUAUAUUAGUAUCAUCAUUACUUUUACCGAUAUGAAAAGUUUCACUUUACUGAAUAAUCAGUGCAGAAAUACACUUCGACUGGUGCUCUGAUGACAUUGUUUAGAGUGUUGUCAAGCGUGGCUGGGACCCCAUUAGCACUUGGUCACAUUCAGGGGUGCCGUCAGGGAUUUUGGGCCCAGUGAAAAGAAAUCUUACUGCCCCCACCCCCAAUAUUAUUUUGUCAGUAUUAUUAUUGUAUUAGGGGCCUCUCUGGACCCCUGUCAAUCACAGAACCCUAGAAUUCUUCUCCUUAUUCUCCCCUUUUCAGCACCCCAGGUCACAUUAGCUAUAAAAGAGAGACAAAGUAACCAGCUACCAUUCAUUUUCAAUUAGAGUGUGCAUUUUAUAGCAAUGAGACAAGUGAUAGCCGCCAACCAGGUGGGGCCAGAAUAGAAGAGAAGUCUUCUAUGCAAAUGCUGAGUGAUCCAGCACGCCCCGGCUGCCAAUCUGAUGGCAGCAUGAUGUACAUUGGGUGGUUGUUGGUAAUAUUUAUGAUAAAUUUCAUGUUUAAACUAAAAUAGCGAGCCUCACUUACAUUUCUUUGUCAUAAGGAGUUCAAAACAAGACAUUUAGAAUCUUAUGCAUUUUUUAUGUAUGCAUAUCGGUAUCAUAAUUAUUUUGCUCCCGAUAUCGCCCCCCC